AUACUAUUUUCCAUCUUUCUUUUUUUUUUCCGGACCUCCCAUGUGGAGCGUGGUACUAGCUUUCAAUCCAGUCACAUUUCCACUCUUAUCCCUCUGUCUCCUUCUCUCUCUCUCUCUCUCCCCCAAUGUAUGACCUAAUUCCCCACCUCCCUAAAAUGAAGAAAAACCACGCAACUUUUGCUCUGAUUGAUACCGCGAGCACACUUCCACGGAUGAAUCCAACCACAAUCUAUCUCCCUCUCUCAUCUCUAUCUUUCCACAUCUAGACAAAAGAGAAGUGGAUCUCACUUGCAUUUGCUAAUGGGUGGGAGACAAGAUUAUGUAUGCCGUCCUUGUUUGAUCAUUAGACAAGAUUAUAUGAACCAUCGUUGCUUUCCAAAGCUAGGGUUUGUCAAGAGCAAGCUUCACUUGCUAAUUUUGCAAAUGUUCUCUUCAACCACCAAUGCAUAUCUCCUCUCACGCCUCUCUCCUCCUCCUCCCUUUCUCGGCAACGAUGCCACCGAUUUCUUCCUCCAGUACCACUCGGAUCUGCUCCUGACCGACACCCUUUUCGGCAUGGUGGUUUCAAACAAGCCUCCGGCGAGAAACCAAGAAGCCAGUACUGAACUCAAUGGACAAAGUUUUGGUCCAAAGAGCGUGCUACCGAAGACGAAGAAGGCCGCGAAUAAGCACAAGCACAGCAAGAUUUUCACGGCUCAAGGGCUGAGGGAUCGGAGAGUGAGGCUCUCGAUCGAGACGGCUCGCAAGUUCUUUGAUCUCCAGGACAUGCUAGGGUUCGAGAAAGCAAGCAAAACCAUUGAUUGGUUGCUAAAAAACUCGAAGGUAGAAAUCAAGGACCUGCUGAACAAGGUGAAGGACGGCUCGAGUGGUGGUGGAAAGAGGAGUAUUCUGACUUCUACUGCCUCUGGAUAUGAAGUAGUAGCAGCAGGGGCCUAUGAAGGUACUAAGAUGAAGGAACUGGAGAUCAGUACUGUUGGCAAGGGUAAAGAGCUCAAGUUACAGAAAGAUAGGGCUGCUGUAUUUGAUGAGCGAUAUCUUGCUUCAAGAGAGUCUAGGGCAAGGGCAAGAGAGAGAGCCAGGGAAAGAACAAGAGAGAAGAAGAUCUUGAGAUCCAAGUUGAAGGGAUCUCCAAUUUCCAGUGAUGAGCAAAAGACUUCAGAAGAUAAUUUAGAGUUUGUACCAAACUUUGGAAGGCCUGCAACAUCUACAGCCAAUGGUACUCCACUCCUGUAGUCGUUUCUUUCAAUUUCUCAUUGAUCUCUUUUCUUUUCUUUUUCUUUUUCCUUUCUUGUGGCCAUCUCUUUGAUCCAAGUCCUUCUUGUAAUUGGAGUUUGGCCUCCUCGAUAUACCAUUUGUCGAGUAAUAAUAAUUUUGUUGCUCAUAAAAUUAAAAAAAAAAAAAACAUAGUUUAAGGUAUAGGUAUAUAGCUUCUUUUUCUUUUCUUUUUUUUAUCACUGUUAUGUUGAUAUUGAGGUAGUUUGGAAUCAAAUAAUUAUAAGUAUCUUUAUUAUUGAGUUAUUUCAAUUUAUAUGCAUCUUAAUUGGGUUUCAAUAUUUUGCUUUCUCAUUUUCCCUUGGUCUUUGUUCUUUCUUUGUUUAUUGUCUAUUUUUUGUAUAUAUAUUGUGGAUCAAGUAUUUAUGAUGUGUAUAUAUAUAGAAUGUUGAGAUGAAAGAGGAAGAAUUAAUUGAUAGGAAUCAUGCUCUAGAUGACUUGAAGGUAGAGUCUGUCUCGGAGGAAGAAGGCGACUUGGAGCAUGGAGCAUCUCUCCCUUUGGAUUUUUAAUUUCGAGUUUUUGGUGGGUUUGGUAUGUGCUCCUUGUGUUCGGUUUUGCCAAGUGUUUAGAUUUCGGUGUUUUUGUUUUUUGGUGGUGGUCUGGUUGUUUUGGGUUGCUUUGAAGCUUUAAGCUUUUGGUUCUUGGUUGUUUUUGGUUUUUGGGGUACGGUUUGGCAUCUUGCCUGCUUUUAGGUCUCGGGUGGCUUUUAGCCGGUGUGCUCUUGAUCUUUUUAAUCUUUGUAAUCCUUUAUAAAGAUUAAUAAAUUCUUUUUGCUUAUAAAAAAAA